CUCUUUUUACCACAUUACCUUCCUCUCUCUUUCAUCUCAACAGACCAGAAGAAGAAGGGAAAAAGCAAGAGUAGAAGAAAGAUAAAGUAAUGUGUUUUUCAAUGCCCUCCCUCUCAUGGCCGAGCAGCUAGUUUGACGUUUAAGGCCCGGCAUUACAGACCCACCGUCUAUUACGGAGUUUUAAGCUGAGAUUUUUGUAUCAUCACUUAGAAAUACAGGGAGAGAGAGAGAGAUAUAAAUACUAUUUCUAAAAGGUCAACAGACAUUGCCUUUCUUUAUCUUUCUCUCUUGCUUCCUCUUCACUUUCCACCAUUUUCUCUCACUUUCUCUCUAUUCCUUUCUCUUUCUGCUCAUAACUGUCUUCUUCUCCCUCCUUUUUCUUUCCCAUUUGAGUGAGUUACAAGGACAAGUAUAAACACAUUUCCUUUCAACUCCAACUUUUAUUUCACGUUUUGCUUGCUUAUUUCUUCAAUUUACUUAGAGAUUUUCCAAAAGCAACUUCUGGGUUUUCUUUACUGAUUCUUGGGUUUGAUAUAAUUCUUCAUUCUGGGUCUGUCUUGUCUUCCUCCAAACUGAGAUUUCUUGUCUAAUUCUGCAAUAUGGAGAAGGAAAAUAUGUUUGUGAACGAAAGGAACACAUUAACACCCACUUGGAGUUCAUCAAAUUUUGGAAUGGAAAUUCAAACCAACGAGCUGAAUUGUACUUCAGAUCAACUUACCAAUCACUUUUUCAAUCCCAAUUGGGACAAUACAGUGGAUCAGAACGAUCCCUUUGAGUCUGCUUUGAGCUCCAUGGUCUCAUCUCCGGUCACUUCCAAUGCCAGCGGCGAUGGCAUUGUGCUCAGAGAACUCAUCGGAAGACUAGGAAGCAUUUGCAACUCCGGCGAAAUCUCGCCGCCGUCUUACUUCGCCGGCAACAACAGUACUAACACUUCAUGCUACAGCACCCCCUUGAAUUCCCCUCCCAAACUGAAUUUGUCUAUGAUGGAUCAUCAGAUCGGAGGAAAUCUUCAAAUUCCCGGAAACCAGUUUCCAAAUCAUCCAAGUUUGACACCAUUUUGUUCAGAUCCUGGAUUUGUCGAGAGGGCUGCAAGAUUUUCUUGCUUUGGUAGCAGAAAUUUUGGUGUCCCAAGUGGCCAAAUUGGGUUAAAUGAAUCUGAAUUUCCUCAUAAACUGAUGAAUUCCAGUAAUCUCUCUAGAUUAUCAAGAAAUCAGUCCUUCAAAGUUACUGCAUCUCCAAUGGGUGCUCAAGAAAACAGAGAAGGCUUGUUAGAUGGUAAAAUUUCUGCUUCUGAUGACAAAUUCAGUGUGUUUUCGAGGUCUUCGACCCCGAAAAAUGGGGAGUUGGGUGAUUCCCGGGAGGAAUCUUCAGUUUCUGAGCAGAUCCCAGGUGGGGAAAUUGGCUCAAAAACUCAAAAUGAUGCUAGUUCCAGAAAGCGGAAAUCAAUUCCGAGAGAAAAACCCAAAGAGAUUUCAUCUUCCUCUGCAAAAAAUGCUAAAGCUGGAGCAGAGAAUGAUGAAUCAAAUUCAAAGAGAAACAAGCCAGAAGAAGGUAAUGGAAAUGAAAAAGAAGCCGAAAAAUCUAAGGCAGAUGAUAAUGGAACAGAGAAACAAAGCAAGGAUAAUCAAAAGCCUGCAGAGCCUCCAAAGGACUAUAUUCAUGUUAGAGCCAGAAGGGGCCAGGCCACAGACAGCCAUAGUCUUGCUGAAAGGGUUCGAAGAGAAAAAAUUAGUGAGAGGAUGAAGUUUCUUCAGGAUCUUGUACCAGGUUGCAAUAAGGUGACUGGAAAAGCUGUUAUGCUUGAUGAAAUCAUUAACUAUGUACAGUCACUGCAGCGCCAGGUCGAGUUUCUUUCGAUGAAAUUAUCUACAGUCAAUACGAGAAUGGAUUUCAACAUGGAAGCCCUUCUAUCAAAGGAAUCUCACGGAUCUUUGCCACAUAGCACAGACCAGUUCGAUUCCUCAUCACAGGCGUUGCCUUAUGCAUUACAAUCUCACCAAGGGUCAAACCUUCAUUGUGCCAUUCCUAAUGGAUCAGAGAAUCCCUUCUCUUUGAACCCUUUGAAUUCUACAAUGCAUCGAAAUCCUGGGAUGCAGCUGCCUCCAAUUAAUUGUUUUGGUGAACCCACCUCACAGGCUUCAACAUUCUGGGAGGAUGACCUCCAAAGCCUUGUUCAGAUGGGCUUUGGCCAAAAUCAAUCAAAUAACCUUCAAGGGACAACGGCCAUAACCCGGAUGAAAGUUGAGCUAUGAUCAGUAUUAUCAACAUUUCCAAUUCAAUUGAGGCCCCGAGUGAGAGAGGCCUCUGUAGAUACAGAGAAAUUUGGAUUCCUGAGAAAGAUUCAUUCUUAUUAAUUUCUGAUAUCAAUUCUGCAAUUGAUUCUUUGAAGAAUUCUUACAACCCAUUGUAUAAUUCUAGAACUGAUUGGACCUAGUGGUGGCAAAAUUUGACAAAACCACAUGUAAGAUGUUAUAGCAUGGCCAAAAUUGCGUUGUAGAGUUGAUGAGAGAGAGAGAGAGAGAGAAGUAUUCAUGUAAGUUUUUGUUUCAACCAUGUCUAGUUUUGCUUAUUUCCUUACCAUU